GUUAGCCUUAAAAACAGACAAAACCAACAACAAAAACUCACUACCGAAGGUCUCCCCAGUGCCCAGGUUCCACGUUCCACCGGUAGAGCCGCAGGUCGGCCGCUUCGCAGCCCUAGCGCACGCCGAGGCCCCUCGGGGCCUCGGGGAGAGGCAGUGCGCGCGGCGACGGUCCCGCGGGGCCCCGGUCCUCAGGGCCCCGGAGCGCGGCGGGCGGGACAGGGGGAGGAGCGGGGACGUGCUCCCGGGCCCCGAGCUAAUGGCCUCCGGCAGCUCUCGGCGCAGAGCCGCGUCCCCGCCCCGGACUCGGCCCCAGCCCCCGGGCGCCGCCACUGCGGGAGCGCCGAGGCCAGCGCGCUGGCGGGAGAGCGGGACUGAAGCCCGGGAGCCCCGAAGUUUGGGAAGGAAGGAAAAGAAAGCGAGGGAGGCGCUCGGCGCUCUCGGUCCGCUUGCCCGCAGGCGAGCUUCCCUAAUUGCGCGCCUGCCCCCGGGGACUUCCCCGGCCUCCGCGACACCCGGGAGGAGACGGCUUUGCGACCCGCCAGAGGGCGGACCCGUCCAGACCUGGGGCAACUUGACGCGCCGGAGGAAGGCAGUUCGCGCCCGAGUCCACGAAAGCUGAGCGCCAGUUCACCCGAGGAGCUCCGGAGGCAGGACCGACGCGGGCCCCGCCGGGGUGGGCGGGAGGGAAAAGGGAGCCCCCAACUUCCAGAGAGCCGUCUCCACCUUCUGCCUCAGCCUUCGGGAAGCUCGCCCGCUCGCUCCGGCCCGCGCCGCCCAGCUUCCCGGUGUUCCCACGGCCUGCGCCUCCCCGCCCCGGGCCCUCCCCCCCCGCCGCUGGCAGGUUCAAUCCCCAGAGCCGGCCCCACGCCGGCAUCCUCCUCCCACUUCGCGCCGGGUCUCCGCCACUAAAACCCGGGGCUACGCAGUGGGACUGUCUUCUCAGCUCCAGCCAGGGGCAGGCUCUGCGCGCCCUUGCAACGACCCAAGGUGUUGAGUCUCCAGGGAGAAGCGAUACGGACAGUCCCGGGGCCAGACAGCGUCAUGGAGCCCCAGGGGGCGCUAAGUUUGGAGAAACAGGGACCUGCGCUCUUUGGAGAGCCCCCGCCAGCCGAGGGGCUGCCCACUCCGGGGGGCGACGGCGGCGGCGCGUCGGAAGCCCCGAGCCCCGACGCUGACCCCUUGUCCGCGGAGGAAGAGGCCGCCUCCCAGGGGCCGGAGGAGCUGCUGGAAUGCCGCCGCCGCCUCCCGCGUUCCUUUUCCCUGCCCGCGGACCCGAUCUUGCAGGCGGCCAAGCUGCUGCGCCAGCGCCAGCAGCUUGGCCUGGGGCUCGGCCCGGAGGGCGGCGAGGGGGCCGAGGGCUUGCCGCACGGUCCCGGCAGCUGCUGCGCCAAGUGCAAGAAGCGAGUGCAGUUCGCGGACGCGCUGGGGCUAAGCCUGGCCAGCGUGAAGCACUUCAGCGAGGCGGAGGAGCCGCAGGUGCCGCCCGCCGUGCUCUCCCGCCUGCGCAGCUUCCCCAUGCGCGCCCAAGACCUGGAGCAGCUCCCCGGCCUGCUGGCCGCGGCGGCCGCAACCGCGGCCCUCUCUGCGCCGCCUCCCCGGCUUCGGCCUCUUUUCGAGCUUCCCGGGCCCAGCGCCGCCGCCGAGAGACUGCGGCGGCAGCGCGUGUGCUUGGAGCGCGUGCAGUGCUCGGAGCCCUCGGGAGCGGAGGUGACGGGCUCCGGCCGGGUGCUGGGCUGCCCCGGGCCGAGAACCGUGGCGGUGCGCUACACCUUCACCGAGUGGCGCUCCUUCCUAGACGUGCCGGCCGAGCUGCAGCCCGAGCCGCCGGCGGAGCCACAGCCACCUGAGGCGCCGUCGGGGGGGCCCGGGGACGCCGAGGAGGAGCCAGGCGCCGAGCGUUUCCACUUCUCGCUGUGCCUGCCCCCCGGCCUGCAGCCCCAGGAGGGGGAAGACGCGGACGAACCGGGCGCCGCGGUCCACUUCGCUGUGUGCUACCGCUGUGCCCAGGGCGAGUACUGGGACAAUAACUCGGGGGCCAACUACACGCUGCGCUAUGUGCGCCCUUCCGACGCGCUCUGAGCCCAAGGCCGGGCUCCAGGCCGCGCGCCUCCCCAGAGCACCAGGGUGACCUGCGGGGGCGAUUUGCUGAGCCCCGUACCUCGGGGAAGGAAAGGAGGGAGCCGUUCACGGCAAACUUUUCACCAGGACGGAUCCGGCGAGUGAGCCUUGUGAGCACCGUAACUCCUCGCCCGUUGUCUCCUCGCUUAGGCCUUCCUCCGCUGCUUCUGGGAUUCUCGCUCUGCGUCAGAAUGGGAAGAAAUUCUCAAGACUCUGAGCCAUAGCUUCCUCCAAGAAAAAGUCUCCUGACCCUUGCGCCUAAUUGUAAGACCUUGGGAUUUGUUUAAAACUAUAGACAAAAGUGUUUUCGCCGUUGCUGCUUGUUGGAGAUGCCUGAGUCUCAGGGAAAGGACAGGCAUCCUGCCACAUCAUGCCAGGAGAAUGCACUGGACCCUGGGCGUGAAGGGGAGCCUUCGCACAGGGGCCUGUUUCUCCGAGAAAACCGGGUGGGGCCUGGGCUGGGCCGUCCUUUUCUCUUAACUGGGAUCUGGGAGAUGUUUGCACAGACUGGACAUUACUUACUUGGGCCUAUGUGUACGCAUGUCCUUUAAAAAAGUAAAGGCAACUUGCACA